AUGGGUCGCAAGUUCUUCGUCGGAGGUAACUUCAAAAUGAAUGGAACGAUCACGUCCAUUAAGGAGAUCGUCCACAACCUUUCCACCGCCAAGCUCGACUCAAACACCGAAGUCGUCAUCGCUCCCCCAUCGCUCUACCUCCUCUUGACCCGCGAGCACCUCUCGGACAACAUUGAAGUUGCCGCCCAGAAUGUCUUCGACAGACCCAACGGUGCAUUCACUGGUGAGAUCUCUGUCGCUCAGCUGAAGGACAGCAAGAUCUCAUGGACAUUGUUGGGCCACUCUGAACGCCGAACGAUUCUAAGAGAAGAGGACGAAUUUGUGGCCUGCAAGUCCAAGGCUGCACUAGAUGGUGGCAUUGGCGUCAUUCUCUGCUGUGGUGAAAGUCUCGAGGAGAGAGAAGCCAACACCACUGUCGAUGUGGUUACCAGACAGCUCGCCGCGGUCAACGAGUCUAUUGGCAAGGACGGCUGGAAGAACGUGGUGAUUGCCUACGAACCAAUCUGGGCCAUCGGAACUGGCAAGGUUGCUACAACUGAACAAGCUCAAGAAGUCCACGCGGCCAUCCGAAAGUGGCUCUCGGAGUCAGUGAGCUCGGAAGUGGCCGAGGCCACACGAAUCAUCUACGGUGGCAGUGUAUCGGAGAAGAACUGCAGAGAACUGGCCAAGCAACCUGAUGUCGACGGGUUCUUGGUUGGAGGUGCCAGUCUCAAACCUGCUUUCGUCGAUAUCAUCAACGCCAACGUCUAA